AUGGAUACCGACGAUGACUCUCAGAACAACGACUUCCGGGCAAAACCAACUGGCAAAGUACAAAACUGGCCCGGGAUAGUCGGAUGUACUAACCGAUCUGAUAGGGAAAAGGAUAGGAAAUUCUUUCGACUACCUGCUGUUAUAACUAAUCAAGAAGAACAUGAGAAGUGUAUCACAGAGGAGAGUGGCCGUCACACCCAGAUAGAUGUUACUGGACCUCUGCUUCCAGGAGAUGGAGGUGAAGGGGAUGUCGCACCUGAUCACGACAUGGAUGAAGGCGAUGUCAUCUAUGACAUUGAUGCAACUGCAGCCGGUGUUAGGCGCUCCAAAUUCGUGUACAUUUCGCCUAAUUUGGAGAUUUCCUGUUACUGGCCACCAUCCAAUAUAAGCAGGAGAGUGCAGCGGAAGGAGCUACCAGACACAGAACAUUGGAGAAAAUAUCGUAUAACGAUUUUCUGCUAUGCAGAUAAUAUCGAACAAGCCCUCAGACGGGCGAAUAGGGCUGAACUCACCUCAGCAUGUGAGUCCAACCGGUCAGGGACGAAACGAAAGGUAUCAAAACCAAGCCGCUACAGCUCUGCCGCCACAAGCACUGAAGGCGAUGAGGAGGAUGGUGGCACGCCAGUUUCUUUGCCUGCAGCACCAUUGUAUGAGUGCGAAGCAGGUCCAAGUUCAGAGGUGAACUCUGUUUGGGUGAAAAUUCCGGAGGAGGACACCGCAGCAGCAUAUCAUUCAGGCUUUGAGCAACAGAGCCUUGCGAUGAUGGACAAAAUAAUGAAAAAUACCGAGAAAAUGCUGAUUCAGCAAGGGGCCCUGCCCUGCUGAAGGCAUUCAGCGACCUUCGUGGACAAGAAGCCGUGGACAUUGGGGCCAUCAUAGAUGCUCCUCUAACAACGCAAUUGGAGUUUGGCAUACUGGAAGAACCCCUAGCAGAAAAGGAAUUCUGCAAGCAAAUGGCAUGUCAUAUCAUAAUUCUCCCUUCUUGGAAAAUGUGCUCACAAAAUCACAG